ACUGAUGGAUCCGUGGCGGUAAUGUUCGCGAGCGAGAGGAUGCUGCGACGAUUGGGAAAUUCGGCGGAAAUUUAUGUGGACGGAACGUUCAAGGUUGUCCCCAAUAGCCCGCCAAUCGCCCAACUAUACACGAUCCAUAUGCGCGUGAUGGAUACUGGACUAGCGGCUGUAUUCGUAUUGUGUAGUGCGAAGACGAGGGCACUAUAUACAGCUAUUUUUCGCAAAAUAUUAGAACUUGCACCCGAAAUAGAACAAAACCUACGUUUCGCCAUGGGCGAUUAUGAACGCGCGGCUAUGAGCGCUCUGCGCGAAGUGUUUCCCGGGGCCAGCCUACAUGGGUGCUGGUUUCAUUUUAAACAGGCUCUCUUACGGCGAUGGAGAUACCUGGGCCUCAAUGCCGCACCCACCAGGAUCCUCGGGAUGGCAAUGGCGCUGCCGUUGGUUCCGUCAGAGCGCUUUGAAGAGGGCUUGAAUUUGUUGGCCAGAUUGGCGGAUCACGAUGCCAUCGAACAUCCAAACGUGCUGCAAUUUCUAAGCUAUAUUCGCCGACAAUGGGGACCCCUUGCUGACAUUGUCAGCGUACAUGGAUGCCCCAUCCGUACAAACAACUUGGUGGAAUCUUUCCACAACGAAGCGAGACGAAAGCUCGGGGGGCUUCAUCCGAAUAUUUGGAAAUUCAUAGAGCAUCUGACCGCUAUGAUCGUCGAUCAGGAAAUUGGUCUGGACCGUUUGGAGAACGGUGAUUUGGAUAGACGGGCGCGCACCAGGCGUAAUAUGGCACGGGACACCGUAAUCCGCAAUGCUCAGCACAGCCUGAGUGUCGAUAGAUUUACGCUGCGUGAGUUUCUAGAGCGCUGCGCGACGAGGGCGGGUUUGAUGCGAGUCGAAGGUCCGGACCAUGAUGAAGGUGAGUAACGAAUGUUUAUCUGUUAUUCUAACUAUCG